UGCAAGAAUUGUGAUAGGAAAUGCCAGAACCGGUGUAGUCGUUGUCUAAGGGUGGGCUACUGUACAAAGAUAUGUCAAACCUUAGACUGGCCUAGUCAUAAGGUAGUGUGUCUGCGAAACGACAAUAAAGCAAAUGUAGCUUCUGAGGGAAUUAAACAGGAACUUGGUGUUACUUUUCAGAAAGACCAUGGAACCAGUACCAAACCAAAGAACAAUGAUAAAACAGGUCAGUCUGUAUUUAAUAAUCUUAGAGAUGUAGGACAUCUUAGACCGUCGCCUGAAACAAGUGAAGACCAGUUAGAUAUUGUUAAAGAAAAAAGUUCCUUGAAUACACAAGAUGUUAGUACAAAACAUAUUGACGGUAUCACAGAUGUAAAACACGAUUACAUGGAGGAUUGUCGAGAGUUUGAAAGAAAAUCAGAUGAACCUAACAGUCAGAGGACUUUUCUAGAUACAAAAGCUACAAAUAGCUCAGAAGUGUUCAAAGAAAAUAAGGCAAAUUAUGAUCUUCAAUCAAAUAACGCGUCUACAGAAGAAUGUGGAUUUUGCAAAUUGUCUGGAUGUUCGAAAAAAUGUUCGAGAUGCAAAGAAACAUUCUACUGUUCGACCAAAUGUCAGAGGAAAGACUGGAACCAACAUAAAACUAGAUGUAAAAAGGCAUUGUCUGAAGAAGACGAGCAGAUUCUCAAAUGUUGGCAGGAGAAGGAAGAACAGGUUGCAGAAGCGAUAGCUCAAGAUGAAUACGUAAAAAGUUUACAACCGCUUUAUUGUGUUAUGGGAGUUCAGACUUACACAGGUCCAAGAGAGCGAUUUAAUCAGACAUUAACCAGAGAGCAAGCACUUUUUAGAUUAAACCCUCCAGAGGGUUCUCUAGAAAAAGCUAUCCGAAUGACAAAAACCUACUUUCCUGACUUUAAAGUUGUGACAGCAUUUGAUGAUAUCCUCGAUGAAUAUUUGCAUUCUCUUUUUACCCUUCUGGAUUCAUGGAAUGACAAAUAUGUACUUGUAGCAUUUAUGUACAGAUAUCACGCGCACGUGAUGCGACAUGGCGUAUACUUAAAGGAUGAACACGACAAAGAAAGUAAGGUGGAGUUUUAUUUAGAUGAUUUUGGAGACAACCCAUUUCCGUAUUUCAGCUACUCCCAGGUUAAACCAGGUGGAUAUAUUUGUCUUAUAGCACCGGUAAUGCACCGAUUCGGUGAUGGAACUGUUGGAAUCAGAAUAGAUCAACCUGAACGAGUUCGCGUGCUAGAUAUAGAUGAUGUACUGCGUACUUCUGUUGAGCACAUUAUAUUUGAAGCAGUAACCUCUGAUUUUAAGAGAAAGAUGUCAAUUUAUAAUUUAAAGUGCAAGUAUUGCGAUAGGAAAUGCUUAAAUCGGUGUAGCCGUUGUCUAAGGGUGGGCUACUGUACAAAGAUAUGUCAAACCUUAGACUGGCCUAGUCAUAAGCUUGUUUGUUUGCGAAACGACACUAAAGCAAAUGAAGCUUCUGAGGGAAUUAAACAGGAACUUGAUGUAACUUUUCAGAAAGACCAUGGAACCAGUACAGAACCAAACAACAAUGAAGCAACAGGGAUGUCUGUAUGUAAUAAUGUUAGAGAUAUGCUAGAAAAGCUUAGACCGUCGCCUAAAACAAGUGAAGAGCAGUUAGAUAUUGUUAAAGAAAAAAGUUCCUUGAUUACACAAGAUGUUAGUACAGAACAUAUUGACGGUAUCACAGAUGUAAAACGCGAUUACGUGGAGAAUUGUCGAGAUUUUGAAAGAAAAUCAGAUGAACUUAACAGUCACAGGAUUGUUUUAGAUACAAAGGCUACAAAUAGCUCAGAUGUGUUUAAAGAAAACAAGACAAAUAAUGAUCUUCAACCAAAUAACGCGUCUACAGAAGAAUUAAUCAGAAAUGCAUGUGGAUUUUGCAAAUCGUCUGGAUGUUCAAAAAAAUGUUCGAGAUGCAAAGAGACAUUCUAUUGUUCGACCAAAUGUCAGAGAGAAGACUGGAACCAACAUAAAACUAAAUGUAUAAAGGCUUUGUCUGAAGAAGACGAAAGGAUUCUCAGAUGUUGGAAGCACGCGCAAGAACAAAAUGCCGCUAUGGCAGCUAUUGCAGAAAUGGAAAGAAGUCCACAUCCGCCAUAUCAGUUCUUUGGUUUUCAGACUUACACAGGUCCAAAAGAGCGAUUUUGCCAAACAUUGACUCUAGAGCAGGCACUUUUUAGAUUAAACCCUCCUGAGGGUUCUCUAGAAAAAGCUAUCCGAAUGACAAAAUCCUACUUUCCUGACUUUAAAGUUGUGACAACAUUUGAUAAUGUCCCCGAUGAAUAUUAUCACUCUGUUUCUACCCUUCUGGAUCCAUGGAAUGACAAAUAUGUACUUGUAGCAUUUAUGUACAGAUAUCACGAGCACGUGAUGCGACAUGGCGUUUACUUAAAGGAUGAACACGAUAAAGAAAGUAAGGUGGAGUUUUAUUUAGAUGAUUUUGGAGACAACCCAUUUCCGUAUUUCAGCUACUCCCAGGUUAAACCAGGUGGAUAUAUUUGUCUUGUAGCACCAGUUAUGCACCGAUUUGGUGAUGGAACAGUUGGAAUCAGAAUUAAUCUUCCUGAACAAGUUCGCGUGCUAGAUAUAGAUGAUGUAAUGCGUACUCCUGAUGAACAUUAAACACCAUUAAGACCGUCACAUGUUCGUUUAAGAAUUUUGGAACUGACGAAAUGAUAAUCAAAAUAAAAACUCAUUUUACUACAGCUUAAUUUCAGUUAAUUUGGAAAGUGAUAAACGCUUAAAGUAUCAUACUGCAGUAGUUAUAACUAUGCAAAUUUUUGAUCAUUAUUCAUAUAAUUAUAUUUAUAUAUUCAAAUAUUUGUCAUAUAAUUAUAUUUAUGUAUUCAAAUGUUUGUCAAGUAAACUCCUGUAUCAUUAAUUUGACAUUAUGCUCAUUUACCAUUUACUUGCUGUCAACUUAAAUUGAUUUAGUAAUAUUUUUCAGUAUUAUAAUGAUGGUUGACCAAUAAUUGAUAAUUAAAACUGAUAAUGUUACAAUAUAAAAAAAAGACUAGCCAUCUCUGUUUAAAAAAACAACAACUUAAAAUCAAUACAUUCUGAUAUUUAUAGAACUUCUAGUUGGUCAUGUUGAUUAUUGAUUAUUUUGUCAUAGUAAAAUAUAAAAUUAAACACAACUACUGUCUAGUUAUUUUAAUAUGUUUAUGUCAUGUAUCAUUUAUGUAUCAUAUUUUGUUUAUGUAUAUGAAAUAUUUUGAUAAGCUUGUUAUGAGUUACACCAGGUAAAUAUAUUUCUGUUCUGCUGUAAAACUUCAAACAUGAUCAAUUCAAAUUAAUUAAUUAAUUCAUAUGUUUUUAGUAUUUUAUUAGUUUUCUUUAAACGUCUUUGUAACCUCUUUUUUAAUGCCGAAUCCAUGACAAACUUGUUUUUGUUUUCUUUUUCAUUUUCUUGAAGCCAAAGGUACCCCCAUAGUAUUUCUGCCCUUCCGGAGAUAUGUAUCUCAUUUAAUAUUAAACUUUCAUGUCUCACUCUUA